UCUUCUUCACGCAACGAAUCUUUCUCAACUAUUUUAUUUCUACUGGAUCACCCUUACCAAUUACUGUUAGCAAAAUAAUGUUUGUAUAGCACACAAAAUUCAUUAAGUCUUAAUGGCUAAUAAGCAAAUAGUCAACCAUGCCUCUUCUUCUUCUUCUCUUCUUCUUCUUCUUCUUCUUCACGUUGACUUCUAUUCUUUCUUCCCCAUCUCAUCUCUCUCAACUAGCAUUUUGUUUCUCCUGAAUUAUCCCUUACUAACUCUAAAGCAAAGUAAUGUUCGUGUAGCACUCUAAACUCAAAAGUGGUCGAUCCAUCGUAAUGGCUAAUCAGCAAAUAAUCAACCAUGCUUCUUCUUCUUCUUGUGUGGCCUCUCUCAAAAGAUAUGAUGUUUUUCUUAGCUUUCGAGGAGAGGACACUCGCAAAAUCAUCACAAGCCAUCUCUACCAUGCUCUCUUCCAAGCCGAACUGGCAACCUACAUAGACUACAGGCUUCAAAAGGGUGAUGAGAUCUCGCAAGCUCUCAUUGAAGCCAUUGAAGAGUCACAGGUAUCCGUCAUCAUCUUCUCAGAAAAGUAUGCUACCUCCAAAUGGUGCUUGGAUGAAAUCACCAAGAUUAUAGAAUGCAAGGAGGGUCAAGGACAAGUUGUUAUACCCGUCUUCUAUAAAAUAGAUCCAUCACAUAUAAGGAAGCAACAAGGGUCUUUCAAGCAAGCGUUUGUGGAACACGAGCAAGAUCUUAAGAUCACAACUGAUAGGGUGCAAAAAUGGAGAGAAGCUCUCACAAAAGCAGCUAAUUUGGCUGGGUGGGACUUUCAAACUUAUAGGACCGAGGCUGAAUUCAUUAAGGACAUUGUUAAAGAUGUUUUACUCAAACUGAAUCUCAUAUACCCAAUUGAAUUGAAAGGACUGAUUGGAAUCGAGGGAAACUAUACCAGGAUUGAAUCAUUAUUGAAAAUUGACUCAAGAAAAGUUCGAGUGAUCGGAAUAUGGGGCAUGGGUGGCAUUGGUAAGACUACCCUGGCAACCGCCUUAUAUGCCAAACUGUUUUCUCGAUUUGAAGGUCAUUGCUUUCUGGGAAAUGUAAGGGAACAAGCAGAGAAGCAAGGUUUAGAUUUCUUACGCACAAAACUUUUCUCUGAGUUGUUACCAGGAGAAAAUCAUCUUCAUGAAAAUAUGCCCAAAGUUGAAUAUCAUUUUAUAACCAGAAGACUUAAACGAAAAAAGGUUUUUCUGGUUUUGGAUGAUGUGGCUUCCUCAGAACAAUUAGAAGAUCUAAUCGAUGAUUUUAAUUGCUUCGGACCAGGAAGUAGAGUGAUUGUAACAACUAGAGAUAAGCACAUAUUUAGCUAUGUUGAUGAGAUAUAUGAAGUAAAGGAAUUGAACGACCUUGACUCUCUUCAACUUUUCUGUUUGAAUGCCUUCAGAGAAAAGCAUCCCAAGAAUGGAUUUGAAGAGCUAUCAGAAAGUGUAAUUGCCUAUUGCAAAGGUAACCCUUUGGCUUUAAAAGUUUUGGGUGCACGUCUUCGUUCAAGAAGUGAACAAGCAUGGUACUGUGAAUUGAGAAAGCUCCAAAAGAUUCCAAAUGUGAAAAUUCAUAAUGUGUUAAAAUUGAGUUUUGAUGACUUAGAUCAUACUGAGCAGGAAAUAUUUCUAGACAUUGCAUGCUUCUUCAAAGGAGAAUAUAGAGACCACAUAAUAAGUCUGCUGGAAGCUUGCAAUUUCUUUCCAGCCAUUGGGAUAGAAGUCCUUGCAGAUAAGUCUCUCAUAACUAUUUCUCCUGAAGAUACAAUAGAAAUGCAUGACUUAAUACAAGAAAUGGGUUGGAAUAUUGUUCAUCAAGAAUCUAUCAAAGACCCAGGAAAAAGAAGUCGGUUGUGGGAUCCUGAGGAGGUGUUUGAUGUUUUAAAAUAUAACAGGGGAACUGAAGCAAUAGAAGGCAUCAUUUUAGAUUUGUCUAAAAUUGAGGAUCUACAUUUGAGCUUUGACUCCUUUACAAAAAUGACUAACGUAAGAUUUCUUAAAUUUUAUUAUGGAAAGUGGAGUAGCAAAGGUAAAAUUUACCUUCCUAAGAAUGGUCUUAAGUCAUUGUCUGACAAAUUAAGGCACCUUCAAUGGCAUGGAUACUGUUUGGAGUCUUUGCCAUCAACCUUUUCUGCUAAAUUCCUUGUUGAGCUUGUCAUGCCCUACAGCAACCUUCAAAAGCUUUGGGACGGAGUUCAGAAUCUUGUGAAUCUAAAGGACAUUGACCUUAGAUACUGCGAAAACCUGGUUGAGGUCCCAGACUUAUCCAAGGCCACAAAUCUGGAAGAUUUAUCUCUUUCUCAGUGUAAAAGUCUGCGUCAGGUUCAUCCAUCCAUUUUGUCUCUCCCAAAGCUUCAGAGUCUGGAUUUAGAAGGCUGCAUUGAGAUUCAAAGUCUUCAAAGUGACGUUCAUUUAGAAUCUCUCCAAGACCUUCGUCUCAGCAACUGCUCAUCCCUCAAGGAAUUUUCAGUGAUGUCAGUGGAACUUCGAAGAUUAUGGUUAGAUGGCACACAUAUCCAAGAAUUGCCCGCAUCAAUUUGGGGUUGUACAAAACUCAAGUUUAUUGAUGUACAAGGUUGUGACAACCUUGACGGUUUUGGGGACAAGUUGUCUUAUGAUCCAAGAACAACAUGUUUUAAUAGUCUGGUCCUUUCUGGGUGCAAACAACUCAAUGCAUCGAAUCUAGAUUUUAUCCUUGUUGGUAUGCGGUCUUUAACAUCGCUAGAGUUGGAAAAUUGUUUCAACUUACGAACACUCCCUGAUAGCAUUGGCUUGCUGUCAUCAUUGAAACUCUUAAAACUAAGCAGAAGUAAUGUUGAGAGCUUGCCUGCAAGCAUCGAGAAUCUUGUAAAGUUGAGAAGGCUUUAUUUAGAUCACUGCAUGAAACUUGUGUCCCUGCCAGAACUUCCAGAGUCCCUGUGGUUGUUAAGUGCAGUUAACUGUGCAUCUUUGGUGACAAACUUCACUCAGCUGAACAUACCCUUUCAACUUAAACAAGGACUUGAAGAUCUCCCUCAAUCUGUUUUCCUCCCUGGAGACCAUGUUCCUGAAAGGUUCAGCUUUCAUGCUGAAGGGGCUUCAGUAACUAUUCCGCAUCUUCCACUUUCUGACUUAUUAUGCGGCUUAAUUUUUUGCGUCUUUCUUUCUCAGUCACCCCCACAUGGAAAAUAUGUUUAUGUUGAUUGCUUUAUCUACAAAAAUUCCCAAAGGAUCGAUGGCAGAGGCGCCAGACUUCACGAUCAGAAUUUGAUUUUGGAUCAUGUGUUUCUUUGGUUUGUUGACAUAAAACAAUUUGGAGAUGAUUCCUUGCUUAGGAGGUUACAAAAAGGUGAAGCGUGUGAUCCUUCCAACAUAUCAUUUGAAUUCUUGGUGGAAGAUGAGGAUGGAGAAUGGUCAACAAAGAAUAUAAAGGGGUGUGGUAUCUAUCCUAUAUAUGUCCCUGGACAUGGUUAUUCCUCUAAACAAAAGGGGUUGGAGUUGGGGAUUGAGGAUAGCUCUAGAGAUAUUGUUGAGUUAGAACCCGACAGUUCUAAUGAUAUUGAUGAGUUACAAGUUAAAGGAACUAAUCAUAACAAUGAAGAUGACCAGACUAAGAAAUUGCAGGAAGUUGUGCACCAAACAAUUACUACAGGUUUGCAGCAUGUAAAAGUGGACUCAAAUGACAAUUCUUCAUGUCACAGUUUUGUAGCAGAUGGUACAAAGAGAGAAUCACAUAGUUUCAAGGAAGAAGAUUACUAUAUAAGUUCAACACCUGAAAAUCAAAUUAUCCCCUUUGACACUCCAAGUGCUUCCAACACCGAUUCAAAUCUGAGUAUUGAAGUGUUAGAAGAAACAGACUUGACAUACAAUCAAGUAGACAAAUGUUCUACUCCAAUCAUGUUAGAUGAAGCUCGUGCUCCUGAGGAGAAUGACAAUCUGCAUCAAGAACCAGAUUGGGAUCCAAUUGCUGAGCUUGAGAACAUGUUAUGUGAUAGUUAUAAGAGUUUUCCUAUGUCAACUCUCUCAACUUCUAUUUCAGGUCCAAAUGUGGCAGCUAUCCUUGAAAAAUUAGAGACCCUUUUGGAGACCUCCCUUGAAAAUAUCUCUUGUGAUGAUGAAGUCAAGCAACAAUUCCAUCAAGUGUUGGAUCAACUCGUGCAAUUUGAAGACCAAGUUCCUGUUAAGCUUCGCCCUGUAAUUAACAAGUUAAAAACUUUCAUUGAAGGUGUCGAUGCCAGAUAUGUUACUGCCCAAGAAAUUAUCCAAGAUUAUAAUAAGCUUCUCCAAUCAAGGUCUCCUCUAUCAAAGCAUUUGGAAAGUGCCAGAGCCCGACAAUACCAAAUUAAUUCUAAAGUCUCUGAAGCUAAAAUACAAGUUGAAAAGAUCAAUUUUGAGAUUGUUAAACUAGAACAAAAGAUAAGGGUUUUAAUUGAGACUAGAAACAAGCUAAAGAGAGACUUGGACAAUUGUGAUGUUGAGAAUAACAAGCUAAAGACUAAGGCUGCACAAUGGUUGCCAAAAUGCAAAACUGUCACCACAGCUUUGAAGGAAUCCAAGACUUCUUACAAAGAGGCCAUAACCAAUAAGAAGAAAGCCGAACAUGAAUGGGAUGAUCUAAAGAAGAACUUUGUGGCGAAAAGAUUUGAAUUGUCACCAGCUUAUGCAUAUUUUGACAUUUAGGUCUUUGUAAUAUGAACUUGUUUUACUAUUUUCAUCAUAGAAAUGUUAUUUGUACAACAACUUUUAUAACUACGUAGAGAAAAAGAAAGGAAAGAGAGAGAAAUAUGACAUGCAAUAAAUAAUAUAAUGGAAGGAAAUAGACAAAAAAAUGAUGUUAUAUAAAUAAAUUAUUGUAUGAACAACAGACUCUUUUCAUUAUUUUGUCACCUUUCUUGGUUGACAAUGGAUGUUUGGUUAUUUUGA